AUGUCUGUGAAAAACGUUGAUUUUAGUAGUGAAAUAAAAUGUAUUUAUCAAGAAUUUGCACAAAAAACAAUUCAAUGUUCCCAAAAAUCGGCUGUUAUAUUCGAUAAACAAUCAUUAUCAUAUAAUGAAGUACUUCACUAUGUACAACAAUUAUCCAGUUAUUUGAUUAAUCAAUGUAGUGUUAAACAAAAUCAAAUUAUCUAUAUUUUUAUGGAACGUUCAAUUGAAAUGAUGAUUUCAGUAUUAGCUAUGUCGGCUUGUGGCUUAUUCUAUACAAUGUUAGAUUCAAAUAAUUCAUAUCUACAGCCUACCGAUUUAAUUAAAGAUAGAACAAAAUCUCAUAUUGUACUCAUGCAUUUGCCAACAAAAAAUACAUUUAGUAAUGCAAUUAAUGAUAAUAUUCGUCUGAUUAACGUUGACGAAAUUCUUACUAAUAAACAUAAUUCAAAAAUAAUUUUUGA